AUGGAAGAAGAAGUACUGAACAAAUUGGCGAUCCAAGUAGGGUGGCACUCCUUCGACGGAAUUCUUUCGCCGGGCGGGAGCAUUAACAAUCUCUACGCUUGCAUGAUCGCCCGGCAGCGCUCAAUGCCAUGCGCAAAGGAGCUGGGACUCUUUGGGCAACAACGACUCGUCAUGUUUGUUUCUGAAGACGCUCACUAUUCCAACAUGCGGCCCGGGAUCAUCCUCGGCAUCGGACUCAAUAACGUCGUCGCCGUGAAGGUCGAUAAAAGAGGCGCAAUGUGUGUGGAUGACUUGCGGGCCCGAAUCGAAGAAGCCAAGGGCAAAGGAUGGAAGCCAUUCCUCGUUAUCGGGACGGGAUCAGAAAUCAAUUAA